AUGAGUAAGAAACAUUGUAAAGUCGUCACUUUGAGAAGUGGGAAAGAGUUGGAGAAUACGAAGAUAAAUUCUGGGCAUGAGGGUGAGCCCUCUUCAAUUCAAAUAAAUGAGGAAAUUCAAAAAGAUGCUGAAAUUUCUAGUGUACAAAAAUCUGCUUCUACCCAGAAUAUUGCAGGGAUGCCGCAACAUAGUUGCCCAGAUAACUCAAUUUCAAAGCAGCCACCUCCAUUUCCUGAACGCAUUGAGAAGCAAAAUUUGGAUUCUCAAUUCAAGAAAUUUCUAGCUAUGUUGAAGCAUUUUCAUAUCAACAUCCCACUAGUGGAGGCACUUGAGGAAAUGCCUAACUAUGUGAAAUUCAUGAAAGAUGUUCUUACAAGGAAGAGAAGGUUGGACAAGUUGCCACCAAAGUUGAAGGAUCCUGGGAGUUUCAGUAUUCCAUGCACUAUUGGAGACAGUUAUUGUGGGAUGGCUUUAUGUGAUUUGGGUGCUAGCAUUAAUUUGAUGCCAAUGUCUGUUUUCAAGAAAUUAGGGAUUGGAGAAGUCAGGCCUGCUACAAUUACUCUUCAACUUGGAGAUAGAUUUCUUGCUCAUCCAGAUGGAAUUAUUAAAGAUGUGCUGGUGAGGGAAGACAAAUUAAAAUUCAAUGUUGAUUUUAUUGUGCAAGAGUACAAGGCAGAUAGAGAGGUGCCUAUUAUUCUGGUGUGGCCAUUUCUUAUAAUAGGAAGUACUUUGAUAGAUUUGCAAAAGGGUGAGCAUACUAUGAGGGUCCAAGAUGAAAAGGUGACUUUUAAUGUUCUUAAGGCUAUGAAGUUCCAGAAUGAGGUUGAGGAAUGGUCAGUGGUAGAUUCUUUUGCAUCAAAGGAGUUUGAGACUAGGAGCAUUGAUGAUCCAUUAGAGAGGUUAUUGUUGUUUGACUCUCAAAUUGAUGAAGAUGAAGAGGAGUACUUAGCUUGGUUGGAGGCUAAUUCUCAAGGGUUAAGAACAAGAGGACGAUUUGACUCAUUGGAGUUGUCAUCUAGGGAGUUCAAAGCUCCCAAACCACCAAUUGAAGAGCCACCUGAGUUGGAGUUGAAAAUCUUGCUUGAAGACAGUGAAAAAUUUUCUAUAGAGGGGCAGAGGAGACUAAAUCCUAUCAUGAAGGAAGUGGUGAAGAAGGAAAUUAUCAAGUGGUUAGAUGCUAGAAUUAUUUAUCCUAUCUCUGACAGUUCAUGGGUGAGCCUUAUUCAGUGUGUGCCUAAGAAAGGUGGGAUCACAGUGGUAAAGAAUGAAUACAAUGAGUUGAUUCCUACUAGAACUAUAGCAGUUGCUCCAAAAGAUCAACACAAGACUACAUUCAUUUGCCAUAUGGAAGGUAUUGUUUUGGGCCAUAAAUUAUCAAAGCAUGUCAUUGAGGUUGAUAGAGCAAAGACUGAGGUUAUUGAAAAGCUCCCACAUCCUAACUCAAUGGAGAAUAUUAGAAGCUUUCUUGGCCAUGUGAGAUUCUAUAGGCAAUUCAUAAAAGAUUUCUUUAAGAUCUCUAAGCCUCUUUGCAACUUAUUGGAGAAGGAUACACCUUUCCAUUUUGAUGAAUCAUGUUUGAAAGCCUUUGAAGAUUUGAAAAGUACACUGGUUUCAGCACCAAUUAUUGUGGCUCUAGAUUGGGAUUGGCCUUUUGAAUUGAUGUGUGAUGCAAGUGAUUUUACUGUGGGAGUAGUGAUAAGGCAGGGAAGAAACAAGGUUUUUCACUCCAUUUACUAUGCUAGUCCUAAUUUGACAGGUGCUCAACUCAACUAUAUAGUGACAGAAAAAGAACUUUUGUCCAUUGUCAUUGCUUUUGACAAGUUUUCAUCUUAUUUGGUGGGCACCAAUGUGAUAGUCUAUACGGAUCAUUCAGCCAUCAAGUACUUGAUUAAAAAGAAGGAUGUUAAGCCUUUGUUGAUUAGAUGGGUGCUUUUUCUCCAAGAGUUUGAUGUGUAA